AUGAAGCUCGGGGACAGGGAGUAUGUCCGCGAGGAGCUCGCGGAGGCCAAGAAGAUUGAGCAUCUGGGCAAGAUGGGUUGCUGCAAACGGCUCGUCUACAACAUGUGCUCCGCCAGGAAGGUGAAGGAGCCUAUGGAGACGGUCAUGCUGGAGAAGACCAUCAUCAAGCUCGGCGGCCUGCUGGCGCUCGGCUUCGGCGAGGCGGGCGCCGAGGUCAUCGGGCAGAACAUCAAAGGUGGCUCGUCGCACAGCUCGUUUGUCAACGCCAUGGUCCCCGGGCAGAAGGUGGAUGCCAUCAUCGGCUUCUGCAAGAUCCGGAACUUCACGGAGGCAACGAUCGUGCUCAAGGAGCAGGUCAUGCUCUUCGUGAACCAG